AUGAUCACGCCUCUAGAAUCUACAGACCUCGAUGUUCUCAUCAUUGGCGCCGGCUUCGGCGGGUGCUAUGCGCUAUACAAGUUCCGCCAGCUGGGCCUGAAGGUCCACGUUUUGGAGGCGGGCACCACACUUGGAGGGGUCUGGCACUGGAACAACUACCCCGGGGCCCGCGUCGACUCGGAGAUUCCAUACUACCAAUUCUCGAUGCCCGAGGUCUGGCGGAAGUGGAACUGGACUGAAAGAUUCCCCAGCGGUGACGAAUUGAAGGCCUAUUUCCACCACGUGGACAAAACGUUGGAUCUAUCGAAACAUAUCACUUACUCGGCCAACGUCGUAGGCGCUGGGUACGACGAAGCCACGGCCAGAUGGACUGUCACGACGGAGAAAGGCGACAAAACCGUCUGCAAGUACCUCAUCUGCGCCACGGGGAGUUCGUUCAAGCCACACUACCCCGAUUUCAAGAACCUAGACAAAUUCCAGGGACAACUGAUCCACUCGACUCGCUGGCCUAAGGUCGCAAAUAUCGAGAACAAACGCGUCGCCAUCAUCGGAUCCGGUGCGACGGCGGUUCAGUGCACCCAAGAGAUCGCCAAAGUGGCGAGUAAGCUAACCGUCUACAUCCGGACCGCCAGCAUCUCGCUACCUAUGUUCCAGCGUCCCCUCACCGAGUUUGAGCAACGGGUGAAUAAGUCAACCUAUCGGAGUAUGUUUGCGUACUGUCGACAGUCAAAAUCGGGUCUGGGCUACGACCCGCAGCCGGGCUCGGUGUUUGAAUUGAGUGACCAGGAACGCGAAGAGCUCUGGGAGGAGCUGUGGAACCGAGGAGGCUUCAACUUCAACCAGGCAAACUAUCGCGACUUCCUAGUUAACGAGAAGGCCAACAAGCUUAUGUAUGAGUUCUGGGCCAAGAAGACGCGCCCGAGGCUGAAGAACCCGGCUAAGGCGGCCUUUCUCGUGCCGGAGAAGGCCCCCUUCGCCUUUGGGACCAAGAGAAGUAGUCUGGAACAGGACUAUUACGAGUGCCUCGAUCAGGACAAUGUUGACAUUGUGGACCUCAAGGCCACCCCUAUUCAAGAAUUUACCGCGGGGGGUAUCAUCACUAAGGACGGCCCGGACGGGCAAGCCGUAGAGCGCGAGUUCGACACGGUGGUUAUGGCCACGGGCUUUGACGCCAUGACGGGGAGCUUGACGAAUAUGGACGUCCACGGCCGAGACGGCCUGACCUUUCGAGAGCGCUGGAAGGACGGCGUCUUCACCCAUCUGGGUCUGUGCUGCAGCGGCUGCCCGAAUAUGUUUUUGAUCUAUGGACCUCAAGCACCCACGGCAUUCACCAACGGGCCCGUCUUCAUUGAAAGCCAGGUCGACAUUGUCGUUGACUUAAUCAAGAAACUCAGCGACGAGGGUGUCAAGUCGAUCGAAGCACAGCACAGUGCCGAGGAGCAGUGGAAACAGGCAAUUCAAGACGCGAACAACAAGACCCUCCUGCCCUUGACCGAUUCCUGGUACAUGGGCGCCAACAUCCCCGGCAAGAAGAGGGAGCAGCUCAACUACCUGGGAGGCAUCGCCAUGUACGAGCAAGAGUGCCGCAAAGCACUCGAGACCUUGCAGGGGUUCACGGUCGUCUACGAUUCUGACAAGCAGGCCAAUAGCGUGGGGGCCUAAAUCCGGCAGGGCCCAAGAGCCACUGACGGCCAGUUAACCAGGCUUUUUCCCAAGGUGGUUUUCAUAACCUUACCGCAUGCCCAGUUUGGUGAUAGUAAAGAUGAUGCUGAUGAUGAAGGCGAAU